CGGGUUCCGGGGCCCGCCCCGUCUGCCCCCCGCGGGCAGGGGGGCGCUGGGCUGAGGGGGGGUUCGAGUGGGGGGGGUAAAUGGUUUGUUUCUUUUGCGCUCCUGCCUGCCUGGUUUUGGAUCCUAUGAUUUCAAUGUCAACAGCCGGCAGGGAGAAUACGGCUGGCCCAUACCCCAUCCCGGGCUUGCAUGUGCCCAGGGGUUUACACAACUUCCUGCCUUAGGGCCAGAUCCCAGAUACUGUGUAGUGGCUGAUUGGUGUAUUCAUGGCGGAAGGGGUGUGAGUAAGGGGAUCCCAAUGUGGCUCAUAACAUUUAAGUUCUACGUAUGAAGACUGGAAGAAUAUCGAGAAGUGGACAGAGAACUACCCCAAAGGGGGAAUCAAAGGACCUGCUAGGCAGCUGGAAGAGACAAGCUGCAAAGGCCUUCUGCUGAGACUGCUCUGCAUCCACUCCUGGGAAUGUCACCGGUUGGGACAGACGGGAGAGUCCCGGUCAAUCUCAAGUGCACUCAUGGGCUAGAAGGGUGGUGCCAGUGCAAACUUCCCCACUCCAGGCCACCCAUCCACCUCUGCCCGGACAAGAGGUGACCUCCCCUAUCCAGGAGAAUGGACUCAUUACCCUGAUGGGGUGGACUUGUUUACGGGAAGAGAGACCGUUGCAGCACUGAAGCGCCCAUCAGCGGGGGACACUAGAGAGGAGAGAGCCUGCUUCACCGCACCCAACCGUGAGGGGCCCACCCCUGGUGCUUAAUUACCAUUGUCCCAGCAAAAUGUCAGCAUGAGUCAGAGACAGUCUCCCAUUAGGAAGAGACAGAUGAAUAUUAAUUACACUUACUGGAAGGAACUUCAGGUAUCCAGCAAGCCAAUUUUCAAGCUAAGGGGAAGGGAGGGUUGCUGGGAAACAUCCCUCUGGAGAGAGAUAUGGUAAAAAUAGUAAUUAUCAAUAGCUCAAUGUGCAGGGAAAGAGGAGGUGGAGUGUGCGGCAGGGGGAAAGUACAGCCAACCCCUGGCUGUGAAUAAAAACCUGCAUUUCAAUAGCAAGCGCAGGUGGAAGCUUUCGAACCAGUGAAGAGGCUUGUUCCGUAUCCAGCGUCGGAAGGUCAAGCUCGGGGAGCUUGACUCCAUCUCAAAGACGUUACCAAGCCGACGAAGGCUUUCUGACAGUCGGAAAACAGCUGGUGACUUUCACCCUAAGUUCCAGGCUGCUUGGGAAGGGCUCGUCUCUGGGUCUGGUGCAUCCUCUGGCUUAUCGUGACAUGGCCGGCAAUCCCACAGCCCAGCAGUGUCACUGGGAGAGCCACUUGGCAGGGCAGGCGCUCAGCAGGCUGGAGAAGUGCCCACUGCGCAGAAUGGGGUGGCAGGCUCUGCUGUUGGCUCUUUGCAUGGGUUUGGCUCAUUCGGCCUCUGCAGACUGUGCAGCCCAGUGCUCCACGUGUGCCGUGCAGACCCAGGAUCUGGAGAAGCCCAUCAGUCCCCUGAUCUGUUCGCUGGAGUGUCAGGGCUCCUUGCUGUCCUGCGCGGAGUGGGAGAGGUGCCAGACCGCUCUGGCUCUCCUUGCCCCACUGAUGGCAGCGGUGGAGGGCCAGGGCCUGUCCCCUCUGGAGGCUGAGGUGAAGGCAGAGCCAGAGGGGAGCCCCAUGCCCGGCGAGCUCCCCAGCAACCUGGUCAAACGCUACGGCGGCUUCAUGAAGAAACUGGACAAGAACAAGAUUUUCUCCCUCUGGCGUGAGAACGCCCACAGCAAAGGCGGCAUGACUAAGAAGUACGGUGGCUUCUUCCGCAAGCCGGGGGAGAGGGCGGCCUCGGAGGUGGCGGAGGACUACCCAGAGCUGGAGGCCGGGGAGACAGGCGACCAGGGGGAAGAGCCUGAGGAAGGAAACCUCAAGGACGAGAUGAAGCGCUACGGGGGCUUCCUCCGCAAGUACCCCAAGAGGAGCUCAGCGCUGGCGCCCGAGGGGGAGGGGCAGGAGCUGGAGGACCUGCACAAGCGCUACGGGGGCUUCCUGCGCAGGAUCCGCCCCAAGCUCAAAUGGGACAAUCAGAAGCGCUACGGGGGCUUCCUGCGGCGCCAGUUCAAGGUGACAACGCGGUCGGACGAGGACCCCAACGCCUACUCGGGGGAGGUCUUGGACCUAUAGAACCCCCCCUACAGCCGGAAUACUUCCAGUAUGGACUGCAUCGCUCCUCCCGACCCACAUCGCCCUCCCGUGCUCAGCCAAGCAUCCCAGGCAUCACACACCGAUCCGGCCUGUGAGCGGAGACCCAGGCGCACCACCCUGCUGCUGCUUCCCUGAAGAGCCAGGCAGGGAUUGCAACCGGCAACGUUCCUCCUUAGUUUCUGUCUCUGUCAGCUCUGGGACUUGCACCUGCUGCUGUUUCCAGUACCGAACCGAUCAGCCCAGCUAUGGGUUUAGUUCAGCUGUAUCGAAAGCAGGUUACUUUAAUUAAGUCUCAGACGACUGACUAUUGAUCCCUGUGAUCCUUAGCGAUGAGCCCAACUCACCCUCCAGUCGGAAUACCCCAAAUGCUGGGGAAGUUCAGCUCUGGAUCCAACCUUGGUGGCUGGCCCCUGUGGUCCGUCAUGGACCAACCCAGAGCUCCAGGUCCAAAGGCCUCCCAGCUUUGGGGGAGUUCGGCUCUAGCUCCAAAUCGGAAUCAUGCCGCUGUAGUUCCUUGCGGUGGAACCCCAUUUUCAAAGGUCCCCAGCGCUGGCACCAGGUGCUGCUGGGCAUUUCCAAUUUAAAUAUUCUAAUGGAAACAGAGGCAUCUGCUACUUGCCUUCUAGUCUCUCCAUUCAGACGCCUCUGCUCAGAACAUCCAGUGUCUCCCAGGGGGACCUGUGUUUGUAUGGGAGGGCAUCUUGCCUGGAGAGCAAGGUGGGCUUGCCCUAUAGAACCCGGACUUGCUUCAUUAUAUUCCAGCUAAAUCACAGCUGUGACCCUUUCUAAUACACACAAGAGACGCACACUCCUAAUGAAGCGAUGAAAUCACAACAGCGUCGCACUUCUGAAGGCACCCGAGUCAGCCUCUCGUUUGUCACCUGGGGGUUUAUGCGCACAGUCAUUAAGGAAGCAGAGUGAAUGGAGGUAUUGUGCUGCCAGAUUUGCUGGCACAGUCCGAUUCUUUAUGCCUUGGAGUGAUUGUGUGCACAGAAUUGCAGGUGCAAAUAGGAGCACAGACUGACGCUAGCUGUCCCCAUUCUCUCUCUGCUCACAGGGGAUCACUCCCACACCCAAUGACAGAAAUCACUGAGGAGCCAUGUCUGAGAGCUUGGCUCAUCAUGGAGUUCCCCAUUGCAACCAUCAGUGUUGUUCCCCAUCCCCCAGCUAGUGCUGAAUUGCAACAGGCCAACAAAAAUACCCUGAGACAGAGGCAGGAAAGGGAGGGGCUUGGCCCAUUGUUUCCUUUUCCAACCAUGGGCAAAAUUGGGAAAUUAAUCUAGAAGAAAGUUAUGAAAGGGGAUGUAGACGAUGUCUGAGAUGCACUGGCUGAGCACAGGCCUCCAUUGGCCCUCACCUGCCCCCUUGUGCUGUUCUGAAAUGUACAGAUUGUUUCGGAGUCUGGUUACUUUUCGUUAUUACGUUUACAAGAAGAAAUAAAGUUUGGUCUGUUUUGAGAUGGGUCACGUUCACCCCCUUCCUUUUCUG